CAGACGAGCAAAAUGGCAUGCUCAAGCGCAUCGAGCUUGCUUAGCAGCAACGCGGCGGCUUCGGCGGGUUUGGAGGUUCCUCCUUCCGUGUUAUCGGUUUCCGGCUCGAAUGGCUGCAAACCCUAGGCACGAGACAGCAGCAGCAUUAGUGAUAGGUAGCAGCGAUCGGUUAAGAGGCAGGUCCAGCCCCCGAAAGAAUCACUAGAAAUGGAGCCGGCUGGGCCGCAGCAACACGAACACCAGCUGUUGCAGGGGGAGGCAGUAACCAGCUCCGCGACAGAUGGCGGCAGCGAGUCACGGCGUCAGCAUCGUCAGGAGGAGCACCGUCAGCAGCAGGAGGAGGAGGAGCAGCAGCAGCAGCAGCAGCACGUGGAGGGGGGCGCUGCCGCCGCGUCCUCGUCCUCGCCCUCGCCCUUCUCCACUGCCGCGAGCGACGCGGGUCCCUCCGCACCACCCACGGCGGCGGCCGCCUCGGAGCAGCAGCUGCAGCCACAGGCGCAGGACCUGCAUAACGGGAUCGAGGCAGAGGCAGGAGGUGGAAGGGGUGGAGGCGGAAGGGGUGGAGGUGGAGGUGGAGGCGGAGGUGGAGGCGGAGAGGCCUUGGUAGACCCCGGCCUCGAGGGGGCCGUCUCACCGCCCGCUGCCGCUGACGCUGACGCUGCGGCUACCGGUGCUGCGGCUUCGCCCCAGCAGCUCCCGCCCUCUCCUCAUCCAGGCAGUAGCAGCCGGCCCGCCCUCGAGGCCCACAUCCCCCCCGCCAGCAGCGCUGCUGGCGCGGCGGCCGGUGGCGGCGGCGGCGGUGGUGGCGGCGGCGCGGGCUCGGCUGAUGCCUCCUCAUCAGGCGGCGGCGGCGGUGGCGACAGCGGUGGCGGCGGCGGCGGCGGCGUGGACACGCCGCUCAGUCGGAGCCCUAGCCUGGGACACAGCCUCGGGCACGUCAGCAGCGGCAGCAGCCCUGUGGGCUUGACCUCAGCAGACGGCGGCGGCGGCGGCAGUAGCGGCGGCGGCGGCGGCAGUAGCGGCGGCGGCGGCGGCGGCAGUAGCGGCGGCGGCGGCACGGCGGUGACCACCCCAAGCAUCAGUUUGGCGCAAAUGCCGGGAAGUGUUGGCGGCAGCUCCACCGGUCCCAGCGCCGCCACGGCUUGGGCCUGGGGCGCCUCUCCUGCCGCCGCGCCGCAGCAACCACACGCCGCCGCCGCAACCACAACGCCACCGACCGCGGCGGCGGCGCCGCCGCCUCAGCUGCAGCAGCAACAGCUGUUGCUACAGCCGCAGCCGCAGCUACAGCCACAGCCGCCGGCUGUUCAGCACCCGCAGCAGCAGGAACAGCUACAGCCACAGCCGCCGCAGCUACAGCCGCCGCCUCAGCUGACGGCAGUAGCACAGGGCGCUCUGGUGGGUCAGAUUCACGGCGAGAUGCGGCUGACCCUAGAAGGCAACCUCAUGGCCACACUCAUGCCGCCGUCGCCGGCGCCGUCAGGCCCCGCCUCGCCGCCGUCGCCGUCCCCGUCAGCGCCGCUGCCGCCGCCGCCGCCGUCGCCGUCGCCGUCGCCGCCGCCGCUGCCUCAGCAGCAGCAGGCGCCUAUGACGCUCGGCGCCGCGCCGGCGGCUGUAGCACCGCCGCCGCCACCAACGGCCCAACCGCCGGCGGCAGGCAGUAGCACCGCCGCCACCGCACCCGCGCUGGGCAGCGCCGCCGCCCCGUUACCUGCUGCUACUGCCGCGGCAGUGGCGCCUUCCGCCGGCCUGGCUGAGACGCCGCGACUUCUGCGGCCGCCGCCGCCGCCGCCGCCGCAGUCAGAUUAUCUGGGGAGCCUGCAGCUGCCACAGCCGGCCCCGAUCCCCACAGCGACACAGCAACAGCAGCAGCAGCAGCAGCCGCAAGCCGUGCCUGCUACUGCCGCGUCUGUGGCUACGGCGCCACAGCCGACGGCUGCUCCUUCUGCGACAACAACAGCAGUAGCACCCACAGCAGCGGCGCCAGCACCAGUCGCGGGGGUUGUGGCGGCACCGGUGGCGGCAGUAGCACUGGCGCCCGCAGCGGGGACCGCGGCCCCAGCCGCACUCCUAGCGCCCGCGCCGCAGCUGCUGCUCGUGCCCGCGACCGCGGUUGGUGCUGCUAGCUGCGGCGCCAUUAUUGCUACUGCCGCAACUCCGCCCCCAGCAGUAGCAUCGGCGCCGCCGCUGACGGCGGUGACAGCGUCGCUGCCCGUCAUGGCGCCAACUGCGGCGGCGGCGACUGCUGCUGGCUUUCCGCUGCUGACUGCUGCAGGCGGCGGCGGCAUUGGCGGCGGCCUUGGCGGCGGCCUUGGCGGCGGCAUUGGCGGCGGCACGGGUACGGGUACGGGUACGGGCACCGGCGGCUUGCUGGCUGCCAACCCGUCGCUUUGCCCCCUAGCUUCGCUGCAGCCACCGCAGCAGCAGCAGCAGCAGCAGCAGCAGCAGCAGCAGCAACAGCAGCAGCCACCGCAACAGCUGCCGCUAGCCACGCAGCAGCAGCCGGCGGCCACCACGGUGGCCCUCAGCACGCCGUACGGCACACUGCUGACACCCGCCCUCACCCCCGCGGCAGCAGCAGCCCUGAUCGGCAGUAGCAGCAGCCAUAGCCCUGCUGGUGCUGCUGCAUGCGGUGCUUCUGCCGGCGGCGCUGCUGCCGGCGAUGCUACUGCCGGCGGUGCUACUGCCGCCGGCGCCGCAGGUGGCACUGGCGGCGGCCUCGUGACGCUGCCCGCCUCCGCGCUGGCGGCUGUAGCGCAUGGCUCCUCCCUGCUACAGCAGAUACAGUCACAGCUACAGCCGCAGCCGCCACUGGCCGCCGGCAGUAGCAUCCAAGGUGGCGCAGCAGCAGCCGCCACUCCCGCUGCUACUGCCGGGGCAAGCAGCAGUGCUGCCGGUCUGACCACGGGCCUGGCACUGACCCCACUCAUAACGCCCGACACCGGGGCUGCUGCUACUGCCGCGGCGGGCUCCGCCGCCGCGCCAGAGCCUCUCGUGCUACAGCCGAUGCCAGGCCUCCUGGCUCCUGCUGCUACAGCCUACCUGCAGCAGCAGCAGCAGCUGCUGCCGACGAUUAUCGUGCCGCCCACCGCCGCCACCCUGGCUCUGCAGCAGGCGCAGCAGCAGCAGGCGGCGGCAGUAGCAGCGGCGGUGCGGCAGCAGCAGCAGCAGGCGCGGCAGCAGCAGCAGGCACAGCAGGCGGCGGCGGCGGCAGCGGCUGCGCUGGCUCCAUGGAAGCAGUUACUGGCGGCGCAACAGCAGCAGCUGCAGCAGCAGCAGGAGCAGCUGCAGCGGCAGCAGCAGUUGCUGCAAGACCAACAGGCGCAGCACCAGCAAGCAAUGCAGGAGCAGGUGCAGCAGGCUCAGGCGCAGCAGCACCAGGCGCAGGUGCAGGCGCAGGCGCAGCAGGCGCAGGCACAACAGGCGCUUCAGCAGGCGCAGCAGCAGCAACAGGUUCCGGCAACGCAGCAGCAGGCGCAACCACAGCAACAGCAGCAACAGCAGCAGCAGCAGCAGCAGCAGCAACCACAGCAGCAGCAGCAGGUGCUGCGGGGCCUUCAGGUGGCGGACCUGCUGGCGAGCAAGUCCGUGACUGCUGCUGCUGGGGGUGCUGCUGGGGGUGCGGCGACAGCGGCGGCCGGUGGCGGCGGCGCCGGCUUGCCGGCGCUACUGCUGCCGCCGGGCAUGUUGAGCACAACAGCCGGCGGCUCACCGCCACCCGCCUCGAUGCUCGGUGGCUUGCUACAGCCGGUGCAGUCGGACCCAACAGCAGCAGCUACUGCCGCUGCUCCUGCUGCUACUGCCGCUGCGGCGAACUCCUCAACCCCCUCAGCCGCCCACACCCUGGCACCUGUGGCGCGCCGCUUCACCGGCCCCGCCACAUCCCUCGCCACUGUCCCUUUCCGUGGCGGCGCGUCCCCGCCGCCGCUGGCCGGCCUCGCCACGCCCGCCAGUGCUACUGCCGCUGCUGCCGGCGGCGACGGCGCGAGUGCUGCACAGCCCGCCGCCACCAGCGCCUCAGCAGCCAGCCCCACAACAACACCUACAACUGCAACUGCCCCCGCUCCGCCACCACCACCAGCUGCACGCAGCAGCACACCCACCCCGCCGCCGGCCCAACGCCCACCACCCGGCCUCCACACUCACUUCAUGCCGCCGCCGCAGCAGCUGCCGCUGCCGCCGGGCCUGCUACUGCCAAAGUCCGCGUCCAGCCGCUCCUCCACCUCCUCCUUCAUGAGCGGUGCUACAGCCGGCGGCGGCGGCGGCAGUGCUGCAGCCCUCCCCGCUGGCGGCUCCGCCCCAGCGUCGCCGAUGCUGCUACAGCCUACCCCGGCGGUCCCCGCCACUGCGGCCUUGCUGGCAGCAGCAGCUGCUCCUGCUACUGCGCCUCCCGGCGGCGGCAGCGGCGGCGGCAGCGGCAGUAGCAGCUUUAGACCGGCGGUGGUGACUGGGGUGCUCCGGGCUAAGCCUGCGCCAUCAAACCGCGCCGGCAGUGCCGCAGGAGUCGGCGGCGGCGGCGGCGGCGGCGGCGGUGGCGGCGGACUGCCUGCUACUGCCGCCGGCCUGGCGGCUACUGCCAUUCCCUCCCCGCCUGCCAGCCUGAGCAGUGUUGGCAUGUCGUAUGGUGGUGGCGGCUGCGGCGCUGGUAGUGGUGGUGGCGGCGGCGGCGCUGUGGGCGGCCUUUCGACUGCACCGCCUGCUGCUGGCGCGGUUAUAACUGCCGCCGGUGCGGCGCCAGGUACCGCGACAGUGCUGCCGCCAGCACUGCUGCCGGGCGGUGGCGGCGGCAGUAGCAGCAGCGCCGGCGGUGGAGGCGGAAGCGUGGCGGUGCUUGGGGCCGGCGGCGGCAGUAGCAGCGCGAGCACAUCGCCAUCGCUGUCGGCCCUCCUGAACGCACACAUGCAGCAGCAGCAACAGCAACAACAGCAGCAGCAGCAGCAACACCAGCAGCAGCAACAGCAGCAGUUGCAGCAGAGAGCGCAGCUGCAGCAGCAGCAACAGCAGCAGCAGCAACAGCUGCAGCAGUUGAUCUCCAACUACAACCAGACGGCGUCAGCCCUGUCUGCACUGACAGCCGUGGCGGAAGCCGCCAAAGCCGCCUCUGCAGCCGCCGCCUCGGCGCCUGCACCCGCGCCCACUCCCGCCCCUGCUACUGCGGCUACUGCCCUUGCCCUUGCUCCUGCUACUGCCGCCGCCGGCCCCUCUCUCAGCACCAACACGAGCGGGACAGCCUUCUCGCCCUUCACAGCCGCCGGGCCGACUGCCGCCUCAGUGCCUCUCGUUGCCAUCCCUGCUGCUGCUACAGCCGCCCCUGCUGCUACAGCCGCCACAGCCACCGCAGCUGCUACAGCCGCUGCCUACGCGCCGCUGGCGGCAGCCGCCCAGACCAUCGCAUCACAGCUGCUGGCCUCAGGGGCGGCCGCGUCAACACCCGCCGCCGCUGCUACUGCCGCCGGCGCCGGCAGUAGCAGCACACCUAGCGGCAUUACGUCGGCUGUGUUGCAGCAGCUACAGCUUCAGCAGGCGGUGGCGGCUCUGUCAGCGUCCUCUGGGGGUCUGGUUCCUGCCUCGGCGCUGCUACAGCUGCAGCAGCUGCAACAACAGGUACUGCGCGGAGCGCCGCCGCCGCCGCCGCCAUUUCCCGCUACUGCCGCCGCUGGCGACGCACCUGCUACAGCUGCCGCGCCGCCGCUGCCUUUCGCCGGUGGCAGCGGCGGCAUUGCUGGCGGCGGCGGCAUGGCUGGCGGUGGCAUGAGCUUGUUCACCUCGCCGGGCGGCAGUGGCACCACCGCCGCCAGCAGUGCUACAGCCGGCGGCGGGCGCCACGGCGGCAGUGGUGGCGGCGGCAUGCAUGCGAGUGGCGGCUCUGCGGCGGCGGGGACGGCUGCAGCUGCAGGCGGCGCCCCCGCACCGGGUCACAAGGUCAAGGUGCUGGUAUCGUUCGGCGGCUGCUUCAGCGCCUGCCGCGCCACCGGGCACUGGGAGUACGGCGGCGGGGAGACGCGGCUGGUGGCGGUGGAGGAGGCGGCGGGCUUCGAGCGUUUCAGGGACUCGGUGUUUGCGGCGUGCAAGGGCCGUGUGCGCUCACCGGACGAGGCCUCUCUGCGCUACGAGCUGCCGUCCUGUCCGGGCACGCUGGUGGACGUGCGCAGUGAUGGAGACGUGGGCAUGAUGUGGGAGGAGCUGGCGGACUUUGCAGAGUCCUCCGGCAAGCCCAGCUACAAGCUACACGUGUACGUGUGCCACCACCUGCUACUGCCCACCUCCGAUGAGGGCAGCGGCGUCAGCGAGCAACAUCAGCAGCAUCAGCAUCAGCAGCACGGGUCGGGCGCGGCAGUAGCAUCCGGAGGAGGAGCAGGAGGAGGAGGCGGAGGAGGCGGCAGUAGCGCCGGCGGCGCGGGAGGCGGCGGCGGCGGAGGCGCGAGUGGGCAUGGGGGCAGCGGCGGCGGCACGCCACGCCACGGCUCGCCAUGGAUUAGCGGGGGAGGGAGGGGCAGUGGCGGGAGGAUGAGUGGCGGCGGCGGCGGCGGCGGCGGCGGCGGUGGCAGUGGUGGUGCGGGGCUGGCGGCGGCGGCACACGGCCCACUCCACCACCAGCAAUUGCGAGGGAGCGGAGCCGCCGCCGCCGCCGCCGCCGGCGGCCGCGGCAGUGGCAGUGGCGGCGCUGCUGUACUGCCCCAGACCCCCGCGGCGGCGAGGGCGGCGGCAGCAGCAGCCGCCUCGGCGGCGGCAGCCGGCGGCGCCGCCGCCCCCAUGCGUGCGGCGGCGAUGGGCGCCGGGUACGGCAGUAGUACGGCGGGUGCUACUGCCGCUACUGCGUCUGGCGGCGUGGGCAGCCGGGGCGGCGGCGGCGGCGCUGGCGGCGGCGCUGCUACAGCCGGCAGAGGUCCCAGUCCCACCGGCAGUAGCAGCACGUGGCUGUCCGGCAGUAGCACCAUCACGCUAGACCUGACGGCCCCCUCCAGCGCGCCCUCGCUGCCUCGCAGUGUGGCGCUGGAGCAGCUGAGCACCCGAGUGGAAGUGGUUCGCCCCUCAGACCUGACCAUCAUUCGCUUCCUGGGCAGCGGCGGCGGCGGCGACGUCUUUCAGGCAGUGCGAAGCGAAAGAAAGUAAAGCUUGCACGGGCACGGCAUGGGAACGGCAUGGCUGGACGGGAAGGGCUGGGCUCGUCACGUGUGUACACGAGACGCCACAACG